AUGAGUGAUAUUUACAAUUUUUCUUCACAAGCCAAACCACCUUUACCAAUAGCAAAAGCUGUACCAGUAGCCCUUGUAUUAUCGAGUAUCGUUGUAUUAUGUAUAUGCGGUAAUAUUCUCGUUAUAUUGUCCGUAUUUACAUUUCGUCCACUUCGCACUGUACAAAAUUUUUUCAUCGUUUCGUUAGCAUUUUCCGACAUGUUAGUGGCUAUUAUGGUCAUGCCAUUUCAUAUUGUUACACAUAUUAUUAAUCGUUGGGUAUUUGGACAAAUAUUUUGUCAAAUUUUUGUUACAUCUGACGUUCUUCUAUGUACAUCGUCCAUUCUAAAUUUAUGUGCUAUUGCGCUUGAUCGUUAUUGGGCAAUUAGUGAUCCCAUUCAAUAUGCGCGUCAACGAACAAUUCGUCGUGUUUUAGCUAUGAUUAUUAUCGUUUGGGUAUUAAGUGCAACUAUUUCGAUUCCACCAAUAAUUGCUACGAUAUUGGGUUCAAGGGAAUUACAAAAUUUUAAUGAAUUACAAUGUGAACUAUCGAAAAAUAAAGUAUACGUUUUAUACUCGGCAUGUGGCUCGUUUUACAUUCCAGCUAUUAUUAUGACAGCUAUGUAUGCACAAGUAUUUCUUAAAACUCGAAAACGUUUUCGUGAACGAGCUCGAGCAGCAACUAAACUGGCAAAUGCUACAAAAACACAUAAACCAAAUUUAUCUAAUCGUAAUGCAACAUCCGAUCGUGAACUACCGUCAAACAUGUUACCAAGCUCAAAACGAUCGUCAACAAAUGGUCAUGAACUUAGUGAUGAUACUGAUGAUAUUGACGAUGUUACAGAUAUUGAUGUUCAUCAUGUUAAAGAUGAAUGUUUAAGACUGACAAACAAUUCUGAACAACAACAGAAACAUAAGAAAAUAGAUAAAAAACUCUCUGCCAUAAACCAAUUGAAUAAAAGAUUCUGUAGUCAACCUAGACAUACUAAGAUCAAUAACAACGAUAAGGAAAUAUAUGUGAAAAUAUCUGUAUCUUCGUCAUUGCUUACUCCCACUGAUAAAUCAACUAAUUCACAAGAAUAUUCCGUUAAAUCAAAUCAGUUGCGUAUGGUUCAUUCAAAUCCUGCGACAACCAUCACAAUAUCAGAUGAAUCACAAGAAUCACAAGCAUGCAAUAGUAACUCAUCAAACGAUCUAACUAUAUUAGAUGAAAACGGUUGUGUACCGUGUCAACAACAUGCAUCGAGCCAAACACAUUUUAGUGCUCUACCGAAUAAAAAUCGUUCGAACAACAGUUCAAAUAAUGCCACAAGAAUAACAAAAGAUACAAUAAAUAAUAAACCACCAUUGGCAAGUCGAUUUUCAAAAGAUAGUAAAAAAACAUUAUUUAAAGGUAAAAGUUUAGCAGCUCUAAUGCAUGAACGACAAAAAAUAUCUUUGACACGUGAACGUCGUUUGAGUCGUACACUCGGUGUAAUUAUAAGUGUUUUUCUACUGUGUUGGCUUCCAUUUUUCGUUGUCUAUAUUAUGUCGGCAUUUGUUGAUGUAACUAAAUAUGCUGAUGAGUUUGUUUUUUUACUCAUUUUAUGGUUGGGUUAUUUAAAUUCAGCUGUUAAUCCGUUGAUUUAUACAAUCUUUAAUAGUGAAUUUCGAACAGCUUUUAAACGUUUGCUAUUUCGUUCUAAACAACAUAAAUUGUCUUUUUGA